AUGCAUGGUCUGUGCAUGUUAGUUGGUGGUUUCCGGAACAUUCUUUACAUGCAUGCAGAGGGAUCAGAAUGUUUGCCUGUUUAUGAAUUCUCGCCUAAGAAGAACCUUGACAAAAUACUAUUUCGUCCACAGUGGAGCACAGAACUUGACUGGUCAAAGCGUUUGAACAUCAUUCUUGGAGUAGUCCAUGGGUCACCACGAUUCACAGUUGCGGAUCAUUCAUCGUGUGGGUAUGUGGCACUGGAGUAUUUUCAAGGUGGUCAACUAUCUGUUAAAUCUGAUGUUUAUACUUUUGGUGGUGUCAUUUUAGAAAUUAUGUGUCGAACAACAAACGACAAUAGUAGAUUGCUAAUUGAUUUUCAAAGCCUCUUGGAAUGGGAGAAGCUACUAUUACUGGAGGUGCUUAGCCGAAACCAGGCAUUGGAAGAAUAUGAUCUUUCUGAAAUUGAACUGAUAAAGCCUUCAUUUGCUCAGUUUUUGGUGCCAUCACCUUUGCAAGCUUCUCUUCAUGCUAUCCUUUUUGGUCCUCGAUCUCUUGGUCAAGGAUAA